AUGUCUUUAUUCAUGACUGGCGGAAUUGAAAAUUUGAAUCCUCAAAAUGACUCAGCUGACAUUGAAGAACAUUUUAUUGGCUUCUUAGCCGUCGAAAAAACCACAGCUGAGAGUUUGACUAAUUAUAUAAUCACGGAGCUAGAACAGUUGGGUAUAUCAUUGCAAAACUACAGAAGCCAAGGAUAUGAUAAUGAAGCCAAUAUGCGUGGAGAAAAAAGUGGUGUCCAGAAACGUAUACUUGAAAUUAAUCCACUUGCUUAUUUUUUACCUUGUGGGAGUCACAGCUGGAAUCUCAUCCUAGAAGAUGCACUGUACACUCUGUUUGCCGGCUCGAGUCACAGGUGGGCUAUUUUAAAAGCACAUGGAAAAUCCUUAUCACUAAAACCACUUUCCGAAACUAGUUGGGAAUGCAGGGUAGAAUCGGUGAAGGCCGUUAAAUACCAACUAAGCGAUAUAUGUGAUGCUUUGAAGGAUUUAACAGAAAAUAUAACAGAUUGUCAGUUGGUUAGUGAAUGCCAUUUUGUAGAAAAGGAAAUAACUACCUACGAAUUUGUAGUUGCUCUCGUCGUAUGGUAUGACAUUCUUACAAAGAGAAAUGUUAUAAGUAAAAUGUGGCAGAGCAAAAAAAUGCACCUAGAUGCGGCCAUACAACACCUAGACGCAUUUAUACACUGGCUUGAUAAUUAUCGGGAAAAUGGUUUCCAAUCAUCCUUGGUAACAGCGAGAGAAAUAGCCGAUGAAAAUGAUAUUAAUAGAAAGUUCAAAGUCGUGAGAAGGAGACGUAAAAGAACGAAUUUUGAUUAUGACCGGGAAGAUGAAGCUCUUGAAUUGCCUGCGGAAGAGAUUUUCAAAAUAAACUAUUUUUAUGUCAUUUUCGACAAUGUGCGCCUAGAUUUGAGGCACUUAAACAUCAUGAGAGCAUAUUUUAUGUAUAACAUAAAAAUAUUAAAGGAAAUUAGUGAUUGUGAACUUUUGAAGCAAUGCGGCGACUUACAAAUAUCUCUAACAGUAGGAGAAACAUCUGAUAUUGAUGGACAUGAAUUGUAUGAAGAACUGAAUAUGUUUAUCUACGUAUAUGAAGGAAACGACGACAUUAUCUCAGUGCUGAAAUAUAUAAUAGAAAAAAAUUUAACUGAAGUGUACCCCACCAUGGAAGUAGUCCUGAGAAUUAUUGCCACCACACCUGUGACAGUUGCGUCUGCAGAAAGGAGUUUCUCGAAGUUAAAAAUUAUUAAAACAUAUUUGAGAAAUUCGAUGACACAAGAUCGGCUUUCGGCCCUUGCUAUUCUUUCAAUUGAAAAUGACGUAGCUCAUUCGUUAGAUUAUUCUUCUUUAUUUAAAGAUUUUAGUCUUAGGAAAAGCAGCAAACAUUAUUUUUAA